AUGAAGGCCACUAGAAGGACGAUGAAAAGGGGCACCAUGGGUGGCUCCACGGGGGAAACCAUAGUAGGAUCUCCGGUGCUGGUGGCAACGUCAGGGAGCUGGCUAACGUCGGGGAAUGGGCAGAAUGCUGACUCUGACGCGCUGAGUAACGAAUGUAGAGUCAUGGGCUUUUCUAGGGAGAAAGUGCAUGAUGCUUUUCAAUUGAGGCAAUCCUACUCGCCCCUUGAUUCUUUCAUUAUUUUUGCCCCCCUUCCAUUUUGA